ACAAUGUCCAAGCUGGUUUUUUUCCUUGAAAAUGGUAAACGACAUGAGGAAUUUUCCUGGGCAGUGUCCUGAUGUAUUGUCAGUCCCGAUUCUGUCAGGGUUGUGUUUGGGGGUUUAUUUGAUGCUUGUAGUUUCGAGUAUAAUUGGUUUCGUAUGGAACAGAAACUCGGAUCAUAUCAGAGCUAGGACAAUUGCUGGCAUGUUUUUUACUCUCGUUUCAAGUUUCUUUGUAUUUACCAUCUUUUCUUUAAGGUUUAUUAUUGGUAGAGAAAUCUUCCCUUGUAUCUUAUUUAGUUUAGUUUUCUUUCUAAUGCCACCAUGUUUCUCCAUUCCAACAAUUAUUAGAUGUCUAAGAGUGUAUGUACAAUGGAGAUUCAACCUUUUGAAAGAAUCAAAAUUCAGAGAAAAUGAAAAGCAAAAUGAUAUUGUUACAGUGAUUAGUUCAGUUUAUUCUUCACCGAACAGUCCAAAUACUUUGAUUCCAGUAAUGGUGUAUAGAGCUCCCGUUCUGAAAACUAUUAGAAACAAAAUCGCCUCACAUCAAAACCUAAAACAAAUAGAGAAAUUCUUCAUUUAUUCCAAUUACAUUUUACAAUCCCACAAAUGGUUAAUUUCUAUAUUUUUAGCCGUUUAUGGAUUUCAUAUCAUAUUCUGGUUUUCAUUAGCAAUUUUUGAAGAUUCUUUACAUCCAAAUUCGAGAUUUCUAAUGGAGGACGAAUCAAUGCUUUCCUUUGAGGGAUGUUAUGCAUUAGAAUCCAUUACAUACAUUGGUGGAAUCACCUAUUGUGUCUAUUUGAUUAUUCAACUUGUGUGUUUGGUUCUUCUAUUGAAAACUGAGAAGGACACAUACUUUAUUAAGGUGGAGUCUAUUUUGAUACUGAUUCUUCAAGUAGUUUGUGUAGGACUAUAUAUUACCUUAGGUCAAUCGUUUUAUAGAGUUGUGGAUCAUAUUAUACCUGCUGGGUUGAUCAUGUUUCUGUACUUGAGUUUGGAAAUAAUUGUUACAGUGACUCUUCCAGUAAUUUAUUCUAUUAUGAAGAGAUAUCAAAAGGUGGAAGUAUUCGAUUCUGAAUUGGAAUGGGCUUUAAAUAAGAGUGAAACUUGUGAAAUGUUACUGGAAUAUUCAAGGAGAUCAUUCUGUCCUGAAGGUGUCCUUGUUUACAAAGACAUUUCCAAAUUCAAAUUAGCUAGCACUUUCAAAAAGAGGAAAUUACUGGCAUUUCAAGUUGUUGAUAAUUAUCUGACGUUUGGUGGAGUUUAUGAGUUGAAUAUGCCAAAUAUUCACCUAUUGAGGGAGGAAAUUCUAUUCAAGAUUGAUAGUGCAACAUGUGAGGAAGAAAUGCAGUUCAGGUUCAAACAUUAA